GUAGUAGAAGAUGAUUUAGGAAAUGUUUUGAAACAGACAUUUUCAUAUUAAAUUGGCGUAACAGUAUUAGGAAAGUUGACAAUAAAGUGAAGAAUAUGUUUGAAACGAUUAGCAUGAAGUAUUAUAGAGAAGGAAAUAUAAAAUUCUUUAGUCUAGAAAUAAAUCUAUAAGCAAUUUAAAAUGUAAAAGAAGUGACGAAAACAAUGAGAAGUAAUUUGUAGUGAGUGAAUAUUUUUAUUAAACGGUAACCCUGUCAACAGUUGCCAACUGGAAAAGUGACGUUUGUUUGUGCAUCUGAUUCUGUAAACAAUACGAAAUUUGUUGGACUAUCUAUUUGUGGAACGAGUAACUGUUAAAGAUUGUGUGUGAUAUCUUCGUAUUAAGUAACAUUGUGCAAAAUAAUUUAUGCGUAUAAUAAUCCCGCACUGAAAAUGGCAAGCACCUCUAAAGAUGAAAACUAUUUUUUCCUUACGAUCAAACAUUUUCCAUCCGUCGAAAAUGGAAAAGUAAAUAUAGUUAAGUUUUUAGAUGCGUCGACUGAUUUAGUAGCUGUAGUAGAACGCCUAGGCACUGUGUUUGCACCCGUAAAGUUUGACAUGCAAGGAAAUAUUGAUAAGGUAAAGAAGCUUUAUAAAUAUGAUGCAGACUCGUGUUUACUCGAGUUGAUGCUUGAUGAGAAAGCUAGAGGCAAGCCCAUUGCUGCAGAAGGUGUGUUAUGGCUUAACAGGGCCCUGCUAUUUUUUGAGCUCAUAUUCAAGGAGGUUCUAAGUCACUUGCAAGCCAACAACUAUGAUGUGCACAUGAGGGAAAUAUUUACAGUGGCUUAUGAAGGUUCUGUUAAAAAGUACCAUAACUGGGUCACUCAGCAAAUAUUUAUUUUCAUCUGCAAGAUGUCUCCAAGUCUGCCUCAAAUUAUGAAGUCAUUUGAAAUUGAAAACAAAGUUAAGGAAUUUGAAAUGAAAUUGGAAAAGUUCAACAUUGCUUUAAACCUAGUUAGAUGUAAAAUUGAUGAGUUUUUCAGAGAUAACAAUCUGUUUGAUUAACUAGUCCAGUAAUUAAAAAACUUCUAGAGAGACUAAAGAAUAUAUUUUCAUUCAAAACAAAUUGAAAAGUAAAUUAUUUUUAUUUAGUAUGAGUGGAGAUAGUGAAUGUUUUGAAUGCAAAAUUGUACAUAGUAUUGAUUAAAUACCAAAAAUGUAUUAUGUUAAUGACAUACUGUGUUAGUAUUGUUAGAGAUGCGCCAGAGGCUAUUUCAAGGUUCAAGAGAUGAGAAUAAAACAUUUAUUUUGUAUUCCUUAUAAAAUAGUACAUGCAAUGCAGUUUGAUGUAAGUUCAUAUUUUUUGUUUAUAAUUCAUUUAUUGAUAGAAAAAUGAACAUAGAGUGUCCAGUGCCUUGAGAGUUAUUGAGGGCAAAGAACAAUUUUAUAAGUCCCAAUGCAUGUUUUACCAAGAGGUUAUAUUUGAUACCAUUUAAUAAAGUAGGUAAUAGUUCAGUUAAUAGCUGUAAAUACCCAAAAUAUGGUAUGUUAUAGAGGUGCUCAGAAUAUGAUUUACAAAAGUAUUUUGUGUGAUAUCAUUAUGACUAAUUAAAAUUCUUACUUUAAUGUAUGUGAAAUCUAUUUAAAUUUUGAUAUUAAUGUAACAUCUCCUAAUAAUUAAUUUAGGUUAGAAUUAUGUUAUAAAAUAGGUAUCCAUUACUAUUUAAUUAAUGAUAUGUUAUUAUUAAUUUAAUAAUUAUACCAAAGCUUUGCUUUUACACUUUCACCCUUAUAUUCAAGUCUUUAAUUAAAAAGUGAGCAUUUAAUGUUGUGUAACAACAUAAUAAAGUCUUUUCAUGUA